GGAAUGUAUUCUUCUAUCAAACCAUUCUAUGGCUAUACACAAGCUUCAUACUCUUCUUUUCUUUGUGUUGCUCGGUUUGGGUAUUUCAUCUGCUACCCGAUCACUGUUUACUUAUGAAAAGGGGUAUGCUGAAGGUGGUGGUGUUGGAGGAGGUGCUGGUGGUGUUGCUGGGGGACAUGGUGGUGGAGGAGGGACCGGUGAAGGUUAUGGGGUUGUAGGUAGUGGAGGCGGUGCAACUGGUGGUGGUGGAGGUGUUGGUAAAGGUGGGGCUUGUGCGGAUGGAGCUGCCGGAAGUGGUGCAGGUGGUGCAGGGUAUGGUGGUGUAGAAGGUGGACACGGUAGUGGUGGUGGUGGAAGCUCUGGUGCAUAUAGUGGUGGAGGUGGUGGAGGAGGAACCGGAGGAGGUGGUGGGGCUCAUGGAGGUGGAGGUGAAAGCUCUGGUGCCUAUGGCGGUGGAGGCGGUCAAGGAGGUGGUGCAGGGUAUGGUGGUGCAGAAGGGGGGCAUGGUGGUGGAGGAAACGGAGGUGGAGGUGCCGCGUAUGGAGGUGGUGGGGCUCAUGGAGGUGGAGGAGGUGAAAGUGGUGGUGGUGGAGGAAACGCAGGUGGAGGUGCCGCGUAUGGAGGUGGUGGGGCUCAUGGAGGUGGAGGCGGUGAAAGUGGUGGAGGAAACGGUGGUGGUGGAGCUCAUGGAGGUGGAGGCGGUGAAAGUGGUGGUGGUGGAGGUGGAGGAAGCGGAGGUGGAGGUGCCGCGUAUGAAGGUGGUGGGGCUCAUGGAGGUGGAGGCGGUGAAAGUGGUGGAGGAAACGGAGGUGGAGGUGCCGCGUAUGGAGGUGGUGGGGCUCAUGGAGGUGGAGGUGGUGAAAGUGGUGGUAAUAGUGGAGGAAACGGAGGUGGAGGUGCCGCGUAUGGAGGUGGUGGGGCUCAUGGAGGUGGAGGCGCUGAAAUUGGUGGUGGUGGUGGAGGAAACGGAGGUGGAGGUGCCGCGUAUGGAGGUGGUGGGGCUCAUGGAGGUGGAGGUGGUGAAAGUGGUGGUGGUAGUGGAGGAAACGGAGGUGGAGGUGCCGCGUAUGGUGGUGGUGGGGCUCAUGGAGGUGGAGGCGCUGAAAGUGGUGGUGGUGGAGGAAACGGAGGUGGAGGUGCCGCGUAUGGAGGUGGUGGGGCUCAUGGAGGUGGAGGCGGUGAAAGUGGUGGUGGUGGUGGAGGAAAUGGAGGUGGAGGUGCCGCGUAUGGAGGUGGUGGGGCUCAUGGAGGUGGAGGCGGAGGUGGUGGUAGUGGUGGCGGUGGAGGAGGAGCCGGUGGAGUUGGCGGCUAUGCAAGUGGAGGAGUUGGUGCUGGCGGCGGUGGUGUUGGAGGUGGCGGCCACGGUGGCUAUGCUCCUUGAUCAAACGUGUGUUUUUUACCUUGAUGGUUUAAUGUCAUGAGAUAAAAAGACUACCUUUGUAUUAUUAAUUCAUUAUGCAUGCAUGUGUUCAAUUGUGAAAAAGAAUUGCUAUCUUUAUUAAGAAAAAUAGUUGUGAGAAAAGUGCCAAGAAAUAAUAAUGGCAUCACUAAGUGUAAUGAUUCUAUAUAUAUGUAUGAUGAUCAAGUUAUGGUAGGUUGUUUCUUCUUG